GUUUUAAUUCCUUUACAGGGAUUGCAGACUGCCAUUUCUCAGUUGUUCCCAUGUGCUGAGCACAGUUUUGCCUUAGGAAUAUACAUGACAAUAUGAGAAAAACAUGGAGAACUAAUGAGUACAAAGAACACUUGUGGAAUUGUGCUAUAGCAACAACAGUACCAGAGUUCAAUCAUAGGAUGCAUCAAUUCAGCUCAUAUGAUGUAGAAGCUUAUAAUUGGUUGAAGCAGAUUCCCCCACAACAUUGGGCAAGAAGCCACUUCACAGGCAGAGCAGUUUCAGAUAUGCUUCUGAAUAAUCUUUGUGAAGUUUUUAAUAGCAAAUUGAUUGAGGGAAGGGACAAGCCACUGAUAUCCUGCUUGGAGUACAUUAGGGAGUAUAUGAUGAAAAGAAUAUGUAAUUUCAUAAAGGUUCAAAAGAAGUGUGUUGGUCCACUAACCCCAUCUGCAACAAAGAUCAUGGAGAAGAAUGUGAAUUGGGCAUCUCAGUACACAGUUAGGUGGAAUGGGUCAGAUAAAUACCAAGUGCAAGGGCCAUGGCAGGAUCAACAUGUUGUUGAUAUGGUUGAAAGAGUAUGCAAUUGUAGGAAGUGGGAAUUAACAGGACUCCCUUGUAAGCAUGUCAUUGCAGUCCUAAAUGACAAAGCAGAUAAUGGUGAUGAAGUUGGAGAACUGCACACUUAUGCCCACAGGGUGCACUGGCUAGAAACAUGGAAAACAGCUUAUGUGUACAAGGUAGAGCCUAUUAAAGGUCGAGCAAUGUGGCCUAUAAGUGAAUGCCCAAUUAAAAUCACCCCUCCUAUACACAAAAAUCAGCCUGGAAGGCCAAAGAAAAAGAUGAGGCACUCUGCUGAGGAGAAAAGCCAGAAGAAGGGAGACAAUGUUGCUAGUGGUAGUGGGAGUCAAAGCAAUAUUGCUAGUAGGAGUGGAAAGCUUACAAGAAAGUUUAUCCAAGUAACCUGCAGCAAGUGUAAAAUUAAAGGGCACAACGCUAGAACUUGCAAAGGCCAAGGGGGUAAGUGAUUGGAUUUCAAGGGAUUUUGAUGUUUGUAGGGGUAUAAGUGUCUUUUUGGGAUAAUGUUAUGUUUAUGUGUAUUGUAUGUUUAGUACUUUCUGUGUUUUGGGGUUUAACCCUUUUGGUUGUUACUUUUGGUACUUGAUAGUGUACCCCUGUGAU